AUGUCCUCCUUGAAACCGUAUUUACAAAAAAAUGUCAAGGUCAUCACAGUUGACGGCCGGCUAUUUUUAGGAAUGCUCGAAGGUUUUGAUAAUAAUACUAAUAUUGUUAUAUCAUCGGCAAAGGAGCGAGUAUUCUUUAAAGAUCGACCAACAGAAGACAUGGAAAUGGGAUUAUGCAUAGUAAGAGGAAAUGAGGUGGUAGCAAUAUGUGAUUACGAUGAGGAAGAGGAAGCGGUAACAGAUUAUACAAAUAUACACGCGGAAAAGCUCAAGGACACCAAGAAUUCGUUGAUGUGA